GUCGAGAAGACGGGGUUGGUCUGUCUGCGUUUGCUGUGGCAGAUAGAUUAAAAUGGGAGUAUGUUGAUGAGAGAGAUCUGGCUAGUAGCAGAAUGGCAAAUGUGGAGAGGAAGCGUGAAAUAGAAAAGCACAAAACGAAUGGGGAGAGAGAAGAAUUUAUACAAGAGAGCGAAAGAUGAAGAGUGCCAAGGCUGUGUCACAUUUAAUCUUGUUUUAGUCGCCGUGGUAAUAUGGGCUUUAAGACUCGGGGGCGGCGGGUGGAGGAGAAGACGGCGAGGGAAGCCCAACCAACCAAGGAUAGCCAAAAUAAAAAAUAAACGGUCUCAGCCACCUGCUGUGCUGGUGGUUUGUGCUACGUCUCCCCCCCGUGAGGCAGCCCAUCUUUGUCAGUGUCUACUGGUGUCUUGUCUGGGCUGAUUUUUUCCCAUGAAAAUGGCUAACAAGAUUCAGGGCAGGGGUGGCCUGGACCCCGUUAGUGGAGGAGGAUGAGAAACAUGAAGAUGAGACAGAUUAGUCUUGUCGUUAGUUCGGCGUG